AUGGACCUAGACGAAUUUUCCGACGAUGGACUUGACGACCUUCCCGAUAACGCCCUCCAAGAGCUGGAAAACAAUGCUAUCCAGCUUACCCAAGGCCACCGAAAAGGCCCAUCUCAACAACCCGAAUCCGCCUACGCAGAUGCAAUCUGGGUCGAAGACGAUGAUCUCGAUACCACAGAGGUGACCAAUGAUGUUGGGGAGCCUGUAGGGAGGCCGGUGGUGGACAAUACGCUCCAGCAGUAUUCCCAGCAACAACACCAACACCAAGAAUCCCGACGAUCCAUCCCCCCGCUCCCCAACCCACGAUGGGACCCGAUUGUCCAUCCUUCCAAGAGACAACCUGCCGGGCAGCCACCACCUCGAAUGCCCGGUGCUGCGGCUACGAAUCAACCCUUGUACACAUCGCAGCAAUUUCAGUCUCAAACGUCAAAUCUGCAUCGGCCUCAGGCAAGCCAGUUUGCUCGACCAGGACUCGCACCGAACCACUACAUUCCCUCCCAAAGCCAGCCAGGCGAUGUUGUCUCGGCCCUUCAACAGCGGCUGCGGGCGCUCGAAACCGAACUCAACGCCGCCCGUGGCGAGGUGUCAAUCAUCCGAACCAACUCCUCCAAAGCCCAGCAGCAGCAUGACGCAGAGGUCGCUCGCUUGAAGAAGCUCAAUGCCGAACAGUUGAGCCGGCAAGAACGAAUCGCCGAAGCCGCCGUCGUCGCCGAAAAGAAUGCCAACACCGAGCUGCAGUUUCUACAAAGGGAUAUGAAAGAGGUUAAUGACCGCACCCGAAGGAAAGAUACUGCUGUGGCUACAGGGUCGGGCUUAACGACACCGAAAAAGACAUCCAAGACUUGGCGCGUUGCCGAUGGCUUUGACGAGAUGGACAUUGUCUUGAGCCCGAGCAAGGGCCAAGGUCGUAAUAAAAAUGCCGGGUCGGUUGCUGCCAAUGUAGGCGAGAGGACGCCAAGCAAAGGCAAACGAAAGCGACCAGCCCUGGACAGUCCUAUUAUGGCGCUGGAAACGCACAUGGAUGACAUCCAGGUUAUUGACAAGGAACCGGAGCCUUCCACAGUGCAACCUCCCAUUGUGAUUGCUGCACCACCUAGUCUUCCCUUUGAGUUCUUACAACUGGUGCUGGACCAUGGCUCCUUCCUGGAUCAGCCUCCAACCUUUGAGGUCCUGUCUCGAUUCUCGUUCUCAUCGGAACCCAACACGUCAUUUGCAGCCUACAUCUUCAAGAAGGUCCCCGUAAUGGGCAACCCUCAACGUCCCAUACAAUUGUUAGUGGACUUUGUCCACUUGGUUGUACAGAUAUGGACCCGCUGCGCGGACGAGCAGUACUGGGAGCCUAUCAAGUACCUCGUCGCUCUCAUAGCCUUUACGUUCCAACUUCAAGCAACCGAGGUCGCUCCCUGGAUUCUUCCAGAUCUCGCCCCUGUUGCUCAAGCAACCAUAUGCACUCUAGCUGAAUGGAGGCAUCGAUUUCCCGAUGAAGACCGUGUCAAGGAUGAGCGAUUCAAAUUGCUUGAGGAGCAUAUCAACAUUACCGAUAUCCUAUCUCUGCUCUAUACGACUUCUCUCACAUGCGCCACCGCGAUAAUGGAAACGGAGACGGGAUUCGAAUCCAAGGCGGCUCACUUCUGGAGGCAUAUCUCGCUUGAUACGCCUCUCAUGCUCCUUACGCCAAAACAAGAGCUCGCCGACAUCCUUGGCAUGCUGGACCUUCUGGCCACCUCAUCCCUGCCGAGCUCGAUCGGCCCCAUCACGGAUGAGAAAGACCCUCCUUUUGUCGCACGCAUGAUCAUUGACAAAGUCGCGACCAGGUUGACUGAGUAUCCUCGCUCGGCAACCACACCAGCCGAGAAACGCAGCGUGCGCCUUGCAGCUUUACGGACGCUCAUAGCGUUCGCCCGAUAUCCUUUUGGCGCAAUACAGCUCGCAUCGCAUAGCACCGCCCUUGCUCGCCUAGUCAUUUGUCUGAGUUCAUCCAUAGACGAACUUUAUGACCAGCCUAUUCCAUCAAGCAUCCUACCAAAUCUCUCGAGUGAAGGCGAGUCAGAGACACGUUCAGCCUCUGACUCUUCUUCUGAACUCUACCGCAUCAUUUCCCAAUGCGUUCACCUCAUCCAUGUGCUUGUCACCGGCCCACACACUGCAAACUUGGCCGACAUCACCCAGAAACUGACCUCGGCACACGGUGGGAACCAGCGAUACCUACUUGCUCUCGGAAGGCUGGCCUUUGUGGAAGAGGAUUUGGUAAUGGAGUCAGGGAUUGACGAGGACACAAUUGAGGCGGCUGCUGAGUUACUAGAGAUGGCGGUUACGCCGGAUGAAGGCGAGGUUGUGAGCGAGGCGUUUGUGAUGUAA